AUGUGGGAUUACAAGUUUGCCAGAGACAACCCCAUCUACUUUUCCCACUUAUUUGUUGCGUACUCAAAGGAAAUGGUGCUGUCCGAAGAGGAGGCGAGCGCCAGGACGCGCGGCUUUCCACGGCUGAAGACCCAGGAGGAGGAGGAGCAGUUGGCGGCGCAGCGGCUGGCGGUGCCGUCGCCCCUGCCGCGCAUCCUCAAGGAGUUCACGAAGGCGGCCAUCAGGACGCAGCCGUACGACCUGCUGCGCUGGUCGGCCGCCUACUUCGCGGCGCUGGCCACCGGCCUCGAGCCGCCGGUCAAGGAGCGCCUCGAGUUUCCGCCGCUGGAGGCGCCCGGAGGCCUCACCCCCGGCUACCUGCGGGUGCUGCACCGCCAGCAGGGCGACGCGCCCUUCGUGCAGUACGAGCAGCUGUUGAAGCGCUGGAAGGGCCUGUGCCUGGGGGUCGAAGCCCUCGAUACCAUUUGGAGCCUCGUCGCCACUGAAGAGCAGCACGAGGUUCCGUGGCUGCACAUCGUCUCGGCCGGCAGCGGACUCAUUUCUCAGUCUCCGCUGCAAACGAUGGUGCUGGUGUGCGAAACCCUGACAACCGAGCCGGAAGGAGCCUCGGCGUGCGUUUCGAUGACCACAUUCGAGCCGCUCUACCUGCACGUGUCCCAGCUGGACCACCCUGGGCUGCCAGGGAUUGGACCUGCAGUCGGCAUUGACGUCACCGGGCCCCUCCUCGAGCACCUCAGGGCCGUGGCCGCCGAGCAGGGAGGAAACGUCACUCCGAGGAAUCUGGCUCACUUCAACUGCCCGAAGCUGUACUAAAAUUAGGAAUUAGUCAUCGAUA